AUGGGUGUCCGCGCUGCCAUAGUCCUUGUGACAGGUGCACUGUUCACCCACUGGAUUGCAGACUCUCUGACGCUCUGGAAAUCACCUGUGACAGACGCCCACCUGUGGACAGCUGCAAACUACUAUGCCGUCCUUGCAAAGAGCUCUCCGGAGGCUCUCUACUUCCUGGCAGCCAUAGUCGUCCUCGGCGCAACCACCCUGCUCUGGAGUCUCAAAGACCUCCGCGCCGGAAAUAUCAUGUUCGACGGCGGCAGCAUCUUCCUCUUCGGCACAACAGUCGUCAUGUAUCUCAACACUGUUCUUCCCAACAUUUUCGCCAUAUUCGGCUCCCUCCCCGCACACACCCUCCGCGACCCCAUCCCCCGCGCCCUCCGCAACGCCACUCUCGACCUCGCCUCCAACCACCUCAUCUGCAGCGUAGCCCUCACCGGCGUCCUCGCUCUCCAGGCAGGCAGGUUCUGGGCCGAGAGCACAGAAGACGACGAGGAUGACUUUGUCAUGAUCGAGCAGCCUGCCCCGGCUGCCCCUCCCGCGGAGAGCAAGAAAUCCCGCGCAAAGACUCCCGAACUCAGCAUCCGCGACGACAAAGUAAAGCCGCUUCUCCAGCAGCGGGUCCAGGCCUGA